CUUUCUUUCCUUGCUUUGGGAUCUUGCUGCCGGAGCCGGGAGAGGGUCUGAGAAGACAAGCGAGAAGGACCGGAGUGCAGGCUUCCGCUGCGGCGCGCGAGCAGAGCUGGGGGCACAACAUCUCCGGCGUCCCCUCCCGGUCUUCGCCCACCCGGCUGGGAUGUGACCCAGGAAAGCCCUCAGCGCCUGCCUCCCGCCCUCCAAGGUGCCCCCCAGAGAGCUCACUGGGAGCACACCGCUGGAGUCCCUUUGGCCGCAGCGCCACGGGACGGGAGUGGCAAGGAGUCCUGGGGCCGGUUCCCAGCUCCCACUCUUCAGAGAGAGCGGCGGGGGAUCACCGCUUUCCUGGCGCUCCGCGCAACUCCGGGGCCAGCAGCGCGCGGCUGGACAGAGUCCCGCUUCCCGCCGACUCACCGGGAUUGGGGGACGGCGUCUGCCCGCCUGCACUCCCUGUAGCCCUAGUUUCUCGGCACCUGCACCGAUCUCCCACGCCAGGGGCCUGAGCCCCGAGGCUCUCGGCCCCCGCAGCAUCCUCAGACCCCAUGGAGAACGCGCCCGCCGCGGCUUCCUGAGUGCUGGCGCCGCCGCCGUCCAAACUGCGCGCUGGGGUCCUCCAUCUCGCCCCUCUUAGGGGCGUCCGAGAGGCCAGCGAAGAGCGCACCAUGAAGUCCGUGCUGUUCAGCCGCUUCUUCAUCCUCCUGCCCUGGAUCCUAAUCGUCAUCAUCAUGCUCGACGUGGACACGCGCAGGCCCGCGCCCCCGCUCACCCCGCGCCCCUACUUUUCUCCCUACGUGGUGGGCCGCGGGGGCGCCCGACUCCCGCUCCGUAGGGGCAGGCCCGACAGCGGCCCCGGACGCGGCUGGCAGAAGCGCAACGAGUCGCGGCCACAGCCACGGCCCGAGCCGCCUCUGCCCACCAUCUAUGCCAUCACGCCCACCUACAGCCGCCCGGUGCAGAAAGCCGAGCUGACCCGCCUGGCCAACACAUUCCGCCAGGUGGCGCAGCUGCACUGGAUCCUGGUGGAGGACGCGGCGGCGCGCAGCGAGCUGGUGAGCCGCUUCCUGGCGCGGGCCGGGCUGCCCAGCACGCACCUGCACGUGCCCACACCGCGGCGCUACAAGAGGCCGGGACUGCCUCGCGCCACGGAGCAGCGCAACGCGGGUCUCGCCUGGCUGCGCCAGAGGCACCAGCAUCAGCGCGCGCAGCCCGGAGUGCUCUUCUUCGCCGACGACGACAACACCUAUAGUCUGGAGCUGUUUCAAGAGAUGCGAACUACACGCAAAGUCUCUGUCUGGCCAGUGGGCCUGGUUGGUGGGCGACGCUAUGAACGUCCGUUGGUGGAAAACGGCAAAGUCGUUGGUUGGUACACCGGCUGGAGAGCAGACAGGCCUUUUGCCAUCGACAUGGCAGCUCUCUAUGUGGCCAUCUCUUCAACAAGCAUCUGUGCGCCCGGUGCUGGGCUGGGUGUCCGGUCAGUGGUGGGAACCAGACUUGGCCCCUCCUCACCGGGGCUGCUGCCCGUGCUCUCUG